GCGAGAGAGAAGGAGAGCAAGUCGACGGAGUUUGAGAGAGGGAGACGAGAAAGAGAGAGAGAGACAGAGAGAGAGAGUGUGGGCCAGCAAUGCGGUGACCGAGCACUGGAGCUGGAGCGCGCGCACACACACGCACACACUCACUCACUCACUGACUCACAUACACACACACACACACACUUACAUACACACUGGUGAUUUUGAUUUCGGGACGUUUCUCUGACACCCCUCGGACCCCCCGGUGGCUGGAAACACGGGCACUCAGGGCCUGCACCUCGCUUUUAAAGUGGACCUAACACCGCCUUACUGUCUGGACAUGGGAGACAUGGGAGACCCUCCGAAAAAAAAACGGCUGAUCUCGCUGUGUGUGGGCUGCGGGAAUCAGAUCCAUGACCAGUACAUCCUGCGCGUGUCCCCGGACCUGGAGUGGCACGCGGCGUGUCUGAAGUGUGCGGAGUGUAACCAGUACCUGGACGAGUCAUGCACCUGUUUCGUCCGAGACGGAAAAACGUACUGCAAACGAGACUACAUCAGGCUGUACGGUAUAAAAUGCGCUAAAUGUAACGUGGGAUUCAGCAAGAAUGACUUCGUAAUGCGCGCGCGCUCCAAAGUUUACCACAUCGAGUGUUUCCGCUGCGUAGCGUGCAGCCGCCAGCUCAUCCCCGGAGACGAGUUCGCGCUGCGGGAGGAUGGCCUGUUCUGCCGGGCGGACCACGAUGUGGUGGAGCGCGCCAGCAUGGGGCCAGGAGACCCGCUCAGCCCCCUGCACCCGGCCAGACCCCUGCAGAUGGCAGCGGAGCCCAUCUCGGCGCGGCAGCCCGCGUUGCGGCCGCACGUGCACAAGCAGCCGGAGAAAACGACGCGCGUGCGCACCGUACUCAACGAGAAGCAGCUGCACACGCUGCGGACGUGUUACAACGCGAACCCGCGGCCAGACGCGCUGAUGAAGGAACAGCUGGUAGAAAUGACGGGCCUGAGCCCGCGGGUCAUCCGCGUCUGGUUCCAGAACAAGCGCUGCAAGGACAAGAAGCGCAGUCUGCUGAUGAAGCAACUGCAGCAACAGCAGCCCAAUGACAAGACGAACAUCCAGGGCAUGACGGGCACUCCGAUGGUGGCGGCCAGUCCCGAGAGACAUGACGGCGGUUUGCAGGCGAGCCAAGUGGAGGUGCAGACGUACCAGCCGCCCUGGAAGGUCCUCAGUGACUUCGCACUGCAGAGUGACAUCGACCAGCCUGCCUUCCAGCAACUGGUGAACUUUUCUGAAGGUGGUCCAGGCUCGAACUCGACGGGGAGCGAAGUGGCGUCCAUGUCCUCCCAACUGCCAGACACCCCGAACAGCAUGGUGGCCAGUCCUAUAGAGGCCUGAGAGAGAUGGUGGUGGAUUACCUUGUGUUCCGAGCAGCUGAAGGACAAGAGAAGCGGGGAUGGGGUGUAGAGGGGGGCUGUCCCGGGUUUCCCGUGCCCCCUGUUUCCUCUCUCUCUCUGUCUCGCGCGCUCUCUCUCUCCACACAAGCCCUCGGCUGCGUGUCUUCAUACACUGUGAUGACAAUCAUGGGAACGAAACGCUGCUCGAAAUGGACCGAGCGCUCCGGCGGCUCUGUGAGGAAGACGCGUUUAACGGACGGCCGAGUCUUAUCACCGCGCGGUGGAACUGGUCCAAUACACGUGUUUUUUGUUGUUUUUUAUUUUGCCAAACACCCAUAUUUUUGGUUCUUGGACAAUAUCAGAUACCCUCUUGGAGAACGACCACUCAAGAGGACUGAGGGUCUGAGAUACGGACUGAAGCGUCUGCCGCGCGCAGCAUGAGUAGUAGCCUCUUUAAACCCGAACCAACAACCAAUGACUAACUAUCUGUCGGUUCGGUUCCUCUAAAACCGCCCGAACUGCGAUUAGCGUUCACAAGCAUCUAAACCCAAGGACUACUGCUUUUACUUUUUUUUGUUCUGUUCUCUAUGGUCUCUUUUUUGAAGCCCGAGUACUAAAGCAUUGCAACAAGGUAUACCUCUAUUUCACCACGAAGCUGCGUGGGAACUUCAUGUGUUUUUUCGUGUCCGUCCAAGAGUUUUUUUCUCUUUCUUUCCCAAAGAUGUGUAUAGUUUUAAUAAGUUAAUAUGUUCGGCUAGCGAUGGAGAAUAUUUCAUUUUUUUGGUUUGUUCCUGUAUUACAAAAUAAUUUAUUAUUUAUUGUCGAACGACCUGCCACUUUUUUGUGUAUCUUUAAUUGCUGAAGUAAAAAGGAAAAAAAAAAAGAAAAAAGAGAAAAAGAAUAUUGUCGACUCGGAAUGAUCUAUCAGAAUUUACGUGUCCUGUCGUUUGACUCAAAUGAUGUAAGAGCAACGCCAUAUGUGGUUAUAUCUUCAGGAAUAUUUGAACAAUAAUAAAAGUUUGACGUACUGUACGUAAA